AUGUUCAUUUAUAUGAGUAAAAAGAUAGCAAUACCUAAACAAUCCAACGUUACUUGUAUAUCAUGGAAUCAUUCAUCAGGAUAUAUAGCGGUUGGAGGGGAAGAUGGAAUGCUAAAAGUUUUAAAAUUGGAAGCAGGUGGAGGAGGAAAUCUUUCAAUGAACCUUACAUUAGAAGGUCAUACAGGUCAUCUACAAGUUGCCAUAUGGAAUGAAGUUUUCCAGAAGCUUACAACUAGCGAUGAACAUGGUGUUAUAAUAGUGUGGAUGCUUUAUAAGGGUUCUUGGUAUGAGGAGAUGAUAAAUAAUAGAAACAAGUCUACCGUUUCAAGUAUGGCUUGGGGAUCUGACGGUCAAAAAAUUUGUAUAGCAUAUGAAGAUGGUGCUGUUAUCGUUGGGUCUGUGGAUGGAUCUCGCAUUUGGGGAAAGGAUAUUAAAGGUCCUGGUUUGAGUGCAGUCCAAUGGUCUCCUGACAACACUCUUUUACUUUUCGCACUUUCAAAUGGAGAGUUACAUCUAUAUGACGAUCAGGGAAGUUUUAUAAUGCCGGUCGCUAAUAAUUCUACAUCUGGAUCAAUAGAAAUCAUAUCAAUGGACUGGUAUGCGGGAAAGGCACCAAAUAACAGACCGGUGUUGGUGAUAUGUUAUGGAAGUGGUCAGUUGCUACUAAUGAAAAACUGCAUUGAAGAGGAGAGUGUUGUUGUUGAAACUAAUAUGACAAUUAUUGAUUGUCAUUGGAAUCAUAAUGGGACUGUAUUAGCAGCAGCAGGCUGUACUAAAGACCAAGCAAAUGUGGUACAAUUUUUUAGUGCCUAUGGUGAGCAUGUCAGGACUCUGCGAGUUCCAGGUGGAUCAAUGAGAGCUUUAUCAUGGGAGGGACAUUCCCUGCGACUCGCCAUAGCUAUAGACUCUUUCAUUUAUUUUGCUAAUGUAAAACCCGAUCACAAAUACGCAUAUUACGGGAACACCCUUGCGUUCGUUUCCGAUACCGAUACUAUUACAUUUUGGGACACCGUUACACAUCAGUCCUGGAUAAAUCAUAUUCCGGACGUAGUUGACAUGAGUGGGAUAGACGAAUACUGUAUCAUAGCCACUAGCAACACACUAAUAAUAUCAAACCAGCAAGGAAUCCAAUGCGACGCAAAAACAAUAACUGUACCUGUGGUAAGUGUAGCAGUCAACAGUAAAGCUAUAGUAGUGGCUGCAUCCAAAGAGUCCUUUUUAAUAUGGAAGUUUUCAACGCCUUCUAGACCUCGUACAUCAGAGCAAUGGUACAAUGCAGAAGGAUCGUCAAUUACAGCUGGAGAAAGUGGUUUCCAAGAUGAAACAAUUUGUUGUAUAGCAUGUUCGGACAGCCACCUUGUAGUAGGUAGAGAUUCGGGUACAAUAUUGCUUUUCUCCCUUGUAAACUUUAAGAAAAUAACGUCUAUUAAUAUGAACACGAAACCAUAUAAAAUGGGACUUAAUUCAAAUUCGAGUAAGUUCUUCGUCAUCGAUCAGCCUGGUUCUUUAUACGUUUUGGACACAGAUAUGGCUAACAAUAUAAGUAUUGGUCAAGCACUACGUAAGGACGUGUGGAGUGCGCUAUGGGCGUGUGAUAACUGCCAAAUGUUAGCUGUGGCUGAAAAGGCUCGUUUAUAUGUUAUGAGAGACAGUGAGCCAGAAGAACCUUUAACCAUGCAAGGCUAUCUUUGCAAGUUUAAGGAGUUAGAAAUAACAACGGCGCUUCUGGAUAACAUGACUGAUAAGUGUACGCCUCAACACAUUGUGCGAGUAGAAGUGAAAUCGUUGAGAGAUACGCGUCAACUUAUUGAGAAAGUUGGCUUAAAGGAAGCGGAAAGCUUUAUUAAAGAUAACCCUCAUCCACAGCUUUGGCUUUUGUUAGCCGAAGCAGCUCUCAAAAAUUUCGAAUCAGAGUCAGCUUUAGAGACGGCAGAGGCUGCGUUCGUGCGGCGAAAUGACUACGCUGGUAUUCGAUUCGUUAAUCGCUUGAAAGCUUUGCACUCAAACGCCCUUAAAAAAGCGGAGAUUCUGGCUUAUUUUAAAGAAUUCGAUGCCGCCGAGAAGAUUUACCAUGAAGAAGACAGGAGAGAUUUGGCGAUAGCGUUACGAAAGCGUUUGGGUCACUGGUUUCGUGUGGUAGAACUGCUGAAGUCGUCGGUCAGUGCGAAUGACUCCGAAGUGAAACAGGCUUAUAUUAACAUUGGUGACUAUUACCUCGACCGGCAAAAUUGGAUUGGCGCUGUCGAGUAUUAUACCAUGUCUAAUAACAUUGAAGGAUUAAAAAAGUGUUACAUGGCGUUAGAAGACAAUGAAUCUUUAGCUAAAUUAUUUACAGGAUCGCCAAGGCAUGUCAAGGAUGGAUCAACAAAACAAGCAAUCAUUGAUGACGUAAAUGACACAAAUCAGACAUUAUCAGUUCAGAACAUAGUGCAGCUGAAAGAAACCGGAAGAAUGAUACAAGCUGCAGCCGCGGCCUUUCAGCUUGCUAAUAGUGAGGCGUCUAAGAAAGCGUCGCCAUUGCGAAUUAAAAAACUCUACAUCUUGGCUGGCCACCUCUACAGUCAAAAUUCUGUUGACGGGGUAAAGAGCCGCGAGGCGGUGCGUUGCUACCGGUUGGGCGCGGCGCAGCACUGGCUGUGCGCGGCGGGCGGGAGGGCGCGUGCGCGGCCGCUGCGCGCGGAGCUGGCGCGCUGUGCCGCCGCGCGCCUCGCCGCCGCGCUCGACGAUCUGCACCCAGCUCAGCACCUCCAGGCUUGGUGCGUUAUUGCAUUUAUAGCGCUACAAGUGAGAGCUUUUGAGAUGUGUUCAAAAGCAUUUAUAAAAUUAGAAGCUCUAGAGCCCGAAACAUUUGAAAAUCUCGCAAUAGAAAUAUUUACGCGAUGUAAACCGAAAGACGCAAAAGGCAACAAAAUUGACUGUCCAAAUUGUCAAGCAAACAUACCUGACUGGAGUACGAGGUGCUCGUGCGGCGAGCCGGUGUGGGGGUGCGCGGUGUCUGGGCGCGCACUGGGUGCAGCGGGCGCGGCGUGGGAGUGCGCCACGUGCGGCGCGCGCGCGCUGCGCCACGAGCUCGUGCUGCGCCACUCCUGCCCCAUGUGCCACGCGCCCCUUACUUGA